AUGGUCUACAACAUCCCGUCGGCCGCAUGGGGCCUGUCUGUCCUCGCCGCGUGUGCCCGCGCUGCCAACUUCCCGCCCACCCCGUCAGACAAGACGACGCCGGUGCAGCAGCGCAUUGCCGUCAAUGGUGCCAACUCCAUGUCUGUUGGCUGGAACACCUUUGAGCAGCUCGACAAGCCCUGCGUCAACUACGGCACCUCGCCCGACAAGCUCACCUCGCAGGCUUGCGGUACGUCUGUCACGUACGACACGGCGCGCACCUACUCCAACGCCGCGUCUCUGACUGGCCUCACGCCGGCGACCACCUACUACUACAAGAUCGUGUCGACCAACUCGACCGUCGAGCACUUUUUGAGCCCUCGGCUGCCCGGCGACACCACGCCGUUCCAGAUGAACAUUGUCAUCGACCUCGGCGUGUACGGUGUGGACGGCUACACGAUCGGCAUGGACAUGUCCAAGCGCGACACCAUUCCGACUAUCCAGCCCUCGCUCAACCACACGACCAUUGGUGCCCUCGCCGAGACCAUCAAUGACUACGAGUUCAUCAUCCAUCCGGGCGACCUGGCGUAUGCGGACGACUGGGUCUACAAUGCCGCCAACAUCCUCGACAGCCACCAGGCGUACGAGGCGAUUCUCGAAGAGUUUUACAACCAGCUGGCCCCCAUUGCCGCCCGCAAGCCCUACCUGGCGUCCCCCGGUAACCACGAGGCCGCCUGCGAGGAGAUCCCAUACACGUCGGCCCUGUGCCCGUCCGGGCAGCACAACUUUACGGAUUUCAUGAACCGCUUCGGCCGCACGAUGCCGUCGGCGUUUGCCUCGACAUCGUCCAACAGCGACGCCAAGAUCUCGGCCAACACGGCGCGCCAGCUGGCCAACCCGCCGUUCUGGUACUCGUUCGAGUACGGCAUGGCGCACGUCGUGAUGAUUGACACCGAGACGGAUUUCCCCAAUGCGCCCGACAGCCAGAGCGGCAGCGCGCACCUCGGCGCCGGCCCCUUUGGCUCGCUCGGGCAGCAGCUGGCGUUCCUCGAGGCCGACCUGGCGUCCGUCGACCGCACCGUCACGCCGUGGGUUGUUGUCGGCGGCCACCGCCCUUGGUACUCGACGGGCGGCAGCGGCAACAUCUGCUCGCCGUGCCAGAAGGCGUUUGAGCCGCUCUUUUACAAGUACGGCGUAGACGUGGGCAUUUUCGGCCACGUGCACAACUCGCAGCGCUUCCUGCCCGUCAACAACAGCGUGGCGGAUCCGGCAGGGAUGCAGAACCCCAAGAGCCCCAUGUACAUUGUGGCGGGCGGUCCGGGCAACGUCGAGGGCCUGAGCGCGGUUGGCGCCAACUACUCGACGAACGUGUUUGCGUACGCCGACGACUUUUCGUAUGCGUCCAUUACGUUCCAGGACAGCAAGCACCUCAAAAUUGAUUUCUACCAGUCGUCGACGGGCCGGGUGUUGGACAGCUCUGUGCUGUACAAGGAGCAUGCGGAGCAGUUUCUCAUCGCCAAUGCUGCGGAUACGGUCCUCGCUCCAGCCCAUGCCGCCGUGGCCGUUCCGUGUCUCGUCCCACUCGUGCAGCUGGUACACGAGUGGUGGCAGGUCCGGGUGUUCUGCGCUCCGUGCCUCUUUCGAGUCGGCCGCAACGGGCUCCUUGAAGGAAAAGAUGCGGAAAUCGGCAUUGGCAUACAAGCUGCCGCUCACGGCUUUGCUCAAAAACGCCGAGUGCGACACCACGGCCACGACCUUUUCGGGCCGCGCAUACAGUUCGGCCAGGACGGUCUGCGCCCGCGUCACGAGGGCCUGCCGGUUGAAGGCAUAGAGCAGCGCCUGGGGUGUCGUCUUUUCGGGGAAGAUGGGAUCGACGUGCGAAAAGUCGACGUGCGGGAACUGCUUGGCCACCUGGUCGAUCUCGGAGCCCACGUCGCAGGGGUGGUCCGUGGUCUCCUGCCAGCCGGCGUGUGCCUCAAAGGGCACGCCGUUGGCCUGCAGCCAGUCCAGCGAGGCCAUGGCGGUCUGGAGGGUGCGGGUCAUCGGGCUGACGAUGACCAGAUCCGGGUCGAGGCGGCCCGGCAGGGUGGUGCGCAGGACCUCGCGCAGCUUUUUGCACUGCUCGAAGCCGAGCUCCGAGAGUGA